AUAUAUAUAUAUAUGUAUUUUUUUUUCUUUUUCAGUAAAAAAGAGUCAUUAUAAAGAGAUUAGACAGGACUGGGGUUGUAGCUCAGUGGUAGAGUGCUUGCCUAGUAUGUGGGUUGCACUGGGUUCCAUUCUCAGCACAGCAUAUAAAUAAAACAAAGGUCCACUGACAACUAAAAAAUAUUUAGAAAAAUGAAUAAAUAGACUAGACAAAGUAUUGACUUCAGAAUCAGAUAUUUAGAGUCAGAUAUCUGGUUGAAUCCCAGCUCUUAAAAUUACCAGUUGUGUGACCACGAGUAAAUUACUUAAAUUCUUUAGUUGUUCACAUUUUUCAUCUGUAAGUAUGAAGAAUUGUUUGCAGAGCCAUUGGGAGGAUGAGAGAGAAGGAGUCAAGUACAGACAAGAUCCAAAGAAUGGUUUGAUGACUUGCUUCCGUCGUUUCUGUGUUUCUGAUUCUCUCUCUCUCCCUCUAGGUCUUCACUUUCUUUCUUCUCCUUGGUGGUGUCCUGCUGCUAUAACUCUGGGGAUCCUUUGCACAGGAUUACUGGUGACCAUCAUAACGCUGGGGAUGAAAUUAUUUCAGGUGUCUGAUCUCCUGCAGCAACACCAAGCCAACCUUACGCACCAGGAAACCAUCCUGGAGGGACAGAUUUUAGCCCAGCAGCAGGCAGAAAAUGCUUCUCAGAAGUCACAGAAGGAACUCAAGGAAAUGAUAGAAACCCUUGCCUGGAAGCUGGAUGAAAAAUCCAAAAAGCAAAUGGAGCUUCACCAGCAAAACCUGAAUCUCCAAGAAGCUCUGAAGAAAGUGGAAAACUUUUCAGGUCCUUGUCCUCAAGAUUGGAUCUGGCAUGAAGAAAGUUGUUACCUAUUUCCCUCUGGACCAUUUAAUUGGGAAAAAAGCCGAGAGAACUGCUUGUCUUUGGAUGCCCAGUUGCUGAAAAUUAGUAACACUGAUGAUCUGAAUUUCAUCCAGGAAGCAAUCUCCCAUUCCAGUUUCCCGUUCUGGAUGGGAUUGUCACUGAGGAAACCCAAGUACUCAUGGUUCUGGGAGGAUGGUUCUCCUUUGAUGUCCCACUUAUUUAGACUCCAGGGUGCCGUUUCACAGAUGUACCCGUCAGGCACCUGUGCAUAUAUACAACGGGGAGCUGUUUUUGCUGAAAACUGCAUUUUAGUUGCAUUCAGUAUAUGUCAGAAGAAGGCAAUUCUACUGAAAGCACAGGGAAUUUGAAGGAUCUGGAAAAAAAGAAGGUCUUUAAAUUUUACUCUGGAAGUUAAGCUACUCUUCAUCACUUAGUUACAAACUAUGACAGUCCUGAGAACUGCAAGUGAUCAGCUGGUAACAGAGACAGACGGGGUUGUUUCAGAAACUAAGACUGGGUAUCCAGAUGCCUACUGCCUUUACAAGAAAAGUUAUGGAUUCACUCUUUCAUCAUCGUCUGUCGUUUUUCAACUGGUCUGUCCCAAGUCUCCCUGCUAAUCUUCAACCCUUCUUCCCUUUUCUAUUUUAAAAUUUGACUUCUCUCCAACCUUGGGAACCCUCUGCUCAAUUUUCUCUGCCUUCCCCCACCUUCUAAUACUGCAAAGAAAACAGAACAUAGAGAACUUGCCCAACUGCAGGCAGAAGGCAAAAAAAAAAAAAAGGAGGUGGGUGGGGGAAUGGGCCUGUAAACAGUGCACAUGAAGGAGAACUGGAGAAAUGCGCCAAAGCCAAGAAGCUCACAUUCUCAACUUUAAAAGCCAUUCUCUUUUUAAUUUUGACCUAUUUCCAGGCUCUACCAUUUACACAUGUGCAUACCACCUCCCACAAACAUUUUGGAACGAUUGUGGUGCCCCAGGAAAUAAUUAGCAAUUGCAUGGUCUUUUCUAGGAAUUAAUUCAAACCCAUUAUCAGUUUCUGAAUCAGUCAUUAUCUCAUCUUUACUAAAGACUGGUAUAAUAGCUUUACCCCUCAAAACAGUAUUUGUUAGAAUCACAGGAUCUAUGACCCAGAGGCAAAAAUAAUAGAAUUUUCCCCCCUAAAGUACAUUCUCCUCUACAACUCUCUUUUGCUUUGCUAUCUUUCGGAAACAUACAAGACCCAAAAAUCAAGACACUCAAUUCUGGAACAAAUGGAGUCAGAUACGAUAAUAUUGCUGAAUAGAAACAGAUGAAAUUAGAAAUCUCUCUUCUAUUUUUGGAGUUUUCCACCCUAUUCACAGUCUAUUCUUCUUUAAAGGAAGCCUUUAUCCAGCAUCAUAAAUAAAUAUAAAUACACAUACACAUUUCCUUGGGAAAAUGAGAUGUUUUCUAUUGUUAAUAGCUUGGUUGCUAUAUAAUUGACAUAUAAUGAAUUGAAUAUAUUUAAAGUAGACAGUUUGAUAUUUUCCCACAUAUAAAAAUGUCCCCUUGUGGUGAAGAUGUCACCACAAUCCAAAUAGUGAACACAAUCCAUCUCCCCUAAAAGAUUUAUCAUGCCCUUCCCACAGGUUUCCUGUCCAGACAGCCACCAGUCUGUUAUCAGUUUGCAUUUUGUAGGCUUUGUAUAAUUAUUUUGGGAUUCAUGCAUUUCCACCUUGUUUGUAUCCUUCAUUCUUUAAGGUUGAGUACCCCCUUGUAUAAAAAUACUACCACCUGUUUGUUAUCUGUUUACUUGUUGAUGACAUUUAGAUUGUCUUCAGUUUUUUGAUAAUUACAAAUAAAGCUGCUAUUAACAUUUGUAUACA